AUGAGUUCCAUGUUCAAGAAGAAGGGCGGCCUUGCCUUCAAACCAAGGAUCCCAUCUGCACGACCACGCCCCGCGAUCCCCGCUGCAGACGUCGAAGCCGAGAAAGAGGUCAUCGAGCCGGAACCCGUAUCGAUCGCGGCUGCUGAAAGCCCAAGCCUCGACGCUCGAGAGAAUUCAAAUACUACCGCCAGCACAAGCGAGUCGGAAAACCUGUCCUCACCAGAAUCUUCAGAUAUUGCGAGAGCCAGCUCCAUUAUCACAUCUGAGCCGUCAACUCAGGAUGUCUAUAGCCUUAAACCCCAAGAGCACGGUCAACUGCUCGACACACCACAACCAAGCAUUGCAGAGGCGACAAAUAGCUCUCACAACACAGCAGUAGAAGCUGCGACAAGAGAUGCGCAGCACUUGGAGCCGCCCAAGGCAAAAAAACAAAGAGAACCACGGCCUAUAGUUGAAGAACACAACAUUGCACCAGAAUUACGAGAUCCACCACGCCCAUCGCAAGAUAUCCAAGACACUACGCCCGAGACAUCAGCAGGCACAGAUGCAUCACAAAUUUCACCACCAGUCGCUCAGGAAGCCACACCAGCACCUUCCACAGCGCCGAAGACAAGAACUAGAAGGAAAGCACCCACUUCAGCAGCAGAGGGUGCUGAGGGUGAUGCAGACGCCGAGGCACGACCCAAAAAGCGUCAGCGCAAGGCAUCAGAAAACGAUAGUGGUGCCGCGGCUGCCAAGCCUAGGCAACGCAAGGCGUCCACUCAGGAUGGGACAACAACACCCCGAACCAGAGCGAGGAAAGCGCGCUCAGUAACACCAGAAGAUGCAGAAACACAGAUUGUUGAUCUGCAAAACCUAAAAAUGACCGACUUGACAAAAGAUUUACAUAUUGGCAAAAAGUUCAGCCGCCACGACGAACUACGGGAGCGAGAACGACAAGCGAGAGUAAGAUCCAAAGUCAAGAAAAUGAUGGGCGACACUAGCCGUGAUGGGUCAGAAGCUCCGGAAGCACCAGGAGACCCGGCAAUCAAGAGCAAAAGCGCCACACCAACCGCCGCGUCUUCACCGGCACCUGCCUCUGGCCCACAGUUCCGAAUUGUCGAUGGCCAGAUUAUCAUCGAUCAGAGUUCACUGGUCAUGGAUCGACAUGCCCGUGCCGCCGCAGCAAGAGGGGACAUGGAGACUGUUGAAGAAAACGACUUCACCAGACUCAUCACCAGUAGCUCGUUUAUGAACACCUCAAAAUUAAAGGGACCAAACAUUUGGACCGAUGAAGAAACCGAGCUAUUUUAUCGAGGCCUGCGCAUGUUUGGGACAGAAUUCGAGAUGAUCUCCCACAUGUUCCCCAACAAGCAGCGCCGACACGUAAAGUUAAAGUAUAAUCGCGAAGAACGUCACUGCCCCCACCUCCUCAACGCCGCGCUUAUAGGCGAAAAGACGGUCCGGAUCGACAUUGACGAGUACAAGGCCUUUACGGGCAUUGAAUUUGAAUCCGUGGAAUCCAUCGAGGCCGAGCAGCGCAAGAUCCAGGAUGACUUUGAGGCCGAGCAGAAGCGCGUCGCCGAUGAACAGGCUGAAAUCAUGCGCAAGAAGCGCGAGGAGCUAUUUGCGGACGAGGACGCCUCGGGGAAGAAGAAGAAGAAGGGCAAGAAGGGGAAACAGGCUAUACAAUAUGGGCUAAAUGGCGAACCAAUCAUUCCUGCAGAAGCUUGA